AUGGUGAUAAAGAAAAGAAGUUCGACAGGCUGUUUAAUUUGCAGAAGAAGAAAGAAGAAAUGCGACGAGGUCAAGCCGACUUGCACAGCUUGCAAGAGAAACUUUCUAGAGUGUAUAUGGCCAAACAGUAGCAACACAAAAGAUGGUAAAGUCGGCAAGAAGAUUUCUCAGGUGGAAAGCGAAGAUACCAAGUUCAAUAUCACUCAUCUCAAGUUGAAACAUAGAAUUAAAUACACGAGGACAUCUGAUCUUCGAAUGGAGGUCUAUGUGAAACGAAGAUCCGAUGAGUUAUAUUUAUAUGACGGUAAAAAGCUGCAGAAGAUUACUAAGUUUCCAAGAGAACUGCCACCAUUACCCAAAGACUCAACAUCAAGAUACAUUAAAUAUCAUGAAAAGAAUUUGCUGAAAGACGAAUGUUGGAACAGCAUUGCGCCAUUAGAUCUAGAGCUUAAGGAAUUUCCCUUUGUUGAUAUUCCAGAUGGAUUAACAAUCCCACCCUAUGAGUUGGAAACGCCAACAGAAGAAGAAGAAAAACGUUAUAUUGAUAUCUUACAGCGAUACCAUAGGAAUGAGAUCUUGGAUGACACAUUUUUCCAAGGAGUUGAUUUAGAGUCCUUCAUAUUUUACACAUGUUUGACCGGAUUCAUUCCAAAAUUAGGCACACAAUAUACUUCACCAGAAUUAACUGUUGGUGCUACUUUUGUCCCAUUUGUAAGUUUCAAUCCUAUCAUGAGACAAGUGUUUCUAUGUUGCGGUGCUACAUUCCUUGCAUGGAAAGAUUUUGACCGUUUUCAAAGGUUCAGUGAUGAUUAUUUUGUAUCAUCAGUGAAUUUGUUACGAGACUAUAUGUCGGCCAAUCCUCAAUAUUACAAUGAAGAUUGGAUAUUUGGAUCAACGCAGUUGCUAUGUAUCCGGGUGAAGAACGCAUUUUUCGGAACAGUUGAUGACUCAGUAAAGUUCCUCUCAGACUCAUAUAAGGUAAUAUCACAUCGGUACUUCGAUAACCGUGUAAUAAAUCCGCAUGAACGGAUGUUUGUUGAGAGUUUCAUUUACCAUUAUUCUAUUUCGGUACUAUGUGCAAAAGACAUAUCCAAAUUGCCUUCACCUUUUGUUAUUUUCAAAGAAUUGAACAAGGCAUUGAGUUGCCCAGUGUACAAUUGCGAGAAUGUUUUGGAAUGGAUGAAGAAUCCGGUACUAGGAUCAUGUCUAGACAUAUUCGAAAUAAUUGCUAAAUUAUCUUAUAUUGCACGUCUCUCAAUGCCGCUUACAACUACAUGGUUAUUGAAAGUUGUCCAACUACGAAAUAUAUGCAUAAAAUACAAGCAUCCUAUGCCCGAACAGCCGAUGAAGGAGAUUGAAUGGUUCAAUUUCCGCAUCAAUUCAAUGGUGGGAUUACUAACCGCUAAGUCCUGUUAUCUAUUUGCUUCCAAGAUGAUCGACUUUGAUAAUUUCGACGCACAUUCGUCCCCCGUAAAAGAAUGCGUUAAAGAAAUUAUACAACAUUUCAAAGAAAUACCAGAGGGACAUCAGAUAUGGGGAAUUCUUUCCUGGACCAUGUUAGUGUCCGGUUCAUUCUGCACGGAUCCUGAAGAUCAAGAUUAUAUCUUGCAAUUGAUUAACAAAAUGGCAGAAACUGCUCAUAGUUACGUCGGCGUGAAGAUGACAAGGUUUCUGCACGAUGUUUGGAAUCAUUCCGACACUGUGACUGGUGCCAACGGCACUGAUAUUUCGACCCACAAAAAUAACAUUAAUCACCUCUUCGACAGAGAACGGUUAUCUCAGGUAGAUAUGUAA